CAGGUGUAGAUUCCUGCCUAAGAAGAGGCAUCGGAGGACAGAAGAGGCAUCGGAGGACCCCACUCCGCAUCCCAGGCAUGAUGGACGUUCUCGGGACUCCGCCGGAUUUUGCCACAGAACUCAACGAGCUGCUGACCACGGAAGACUACUAUCCGGACUCCGAGAUGUCGGUCUGCAACAGGGAGGACUCUCAGAAAGCCAGCUCUGGGCCUCUGGCGGCUCUGUAUUCCCUCCUGUUCACAGCCGGCCUGCUGGGGAACGUCCUGGUGGUCCUCGUCCUGGCCGUCCACAAGAAGCAGAGGAGCACGACGGACGUCUACCUCCUGAACCUGGCCGUCGCCGACCUGCUCUUCGUGCUCUGCCUCCCCUUCCUGGUGCACGACUACCUGGACCAGUGGGUCUUCGGGAACUGGAUGUGCAAGCUGGUCUCCGGCGUGCACUACCUGGGCUUCUUCAGCAGCGUCUUCUUCAUCACCCUGAUGAGCGUGGACCGGUACCUGGCCAUCGUGCACGCGGUCUACGCCCUGAAGGUCAGGACGGCCUCCCGGGGGGUGGGCGUGAGCCUGGCCGUGUGGAGCCUGGCCCUCUUGGCGUCCACCCCGGCCGUGUUUUUCUACGAGAGUUUCUUCGAGGACGGCGCCUGGAAGUGUUACCUCGCCCCCUCCGAAGGGAGCAACCGGUGGAAGCUGUUCACCAACUUCGAAAUCCACCUCCUGGGCCUCCUGAUUCCCCCCGGCAUCCUGACCUACUGCUACGCCCACAUCCUCCGGCAGCUGAGGAGGUGCCAGAACCACAACAGGGAGAAGGCCAUCCGGCUGGUGCUCGUGGUCGUGGUGGCCUUCUUCGUCUUCUGGACCCCGUUCAACGUGGUGCUCUUCCUGGACUCGCUCCACAGGUUGGGGAAGCUGGGGGACUGCGGGGUCAUCCAGAAGCUGGACCGGGCCAUAUGGACCACCGAGGCCCUCUGUCACUCCCACUGCUGCGUCAACCCGGCCAUCUACGCCUUCGUGGGGGAGCGCUUCCGGAAACACCUGGCCGAGAUGUUCCGCAGGUUCAGGUGCCCGCUCUCGGCCUGCCCGGACGGCCGCGUCCUCCGAGAACCCCGGGAGGGGUCCCAGUCCCUGCCCUCCGCCUCGUCUCGCUCCUCCGGGUCUGACUGCAUUCUGUGAGGCGGACGGUGCCGGUCGGGGGAGCGCGACCGAGAGGGGAAGCGGAGAGGUGCGGGACCGUCCGGGGCCGCCGGAACGUCCAUCUUGUUGCCGGCUGUUGGCGCCUUGAUCGUCUCCCACGAAAGGUGGCCCCCUCCCCCGGCGACCAGUUCCAACCCCACAGGACCCGCUUCACAGACGGCUUCACGGUUAGAAAGGAGGUCCCGAAGAAUUGCGGAGGCCUGGAAUCCUACAGCCGGAAGAGAUCUUGAGAAAUCAUCGGGUCCGACCCCGCCCAAGGCCCCUGAAUUAUAUCGCUGCCUCUUGCUCAUCUUGCGAUUCACCGUACCCCGCCACCAGCUCCGUCCCUCUAGUCUGUUAUUUUUUUUGGCUCGGCACAGAACGAGGGAGGGCGGUUGAGAUGUUUGCUUUCGUCUCCGUCCCUGUACCACCGAUGGAGUCGGGGAGAGAGACCCAGAGAUACCAAAGGAACUCCUUUCUCCUGCCUGGAAGGAGCAUCGCCAAACAGGCCCAUGAUGACAUUUUCAGGGUGUAAGAUUCUGCACCUUUCCCUCGGGCUUCAGAAAUCAACUGGGCCUUGCUUAUUUUCUAUGAGUUUAGACCAAGACACAUCCUGAUUCUCGGCAGGCAAAUCCUCAGUGUCAGAAUGAGGACGGUGCAAAGGACGAGGAAAGACGAGUCGGAUGAAGUCGAUCCAUCGGUCAGUCGGUGGUAAUUAUUGAGCUCUUCCUGUGUGCGAAACACUUCACUAAAUGCUUGGGACAGUACAAUAGAACAGAGUUGGUAGACCGGAUCCCUGCCCACAACUAACUAGUGGUCAUGAUCAUAAGUAGGAUCAAUAGAGCUUUUUGAGCAUCCACUGUGCAGAAGCAGCGUGGCUCAGUGGAAAGAGCCUGGGCUUCGGA